CGAAGCUUCUCUAUUUCCCUUUAUUCAUCAAGUUUCCUCUGACUGUUAAAUCCCUCUGGUCUCUGAGCUCCAGCCUUCUACAGUUGGACACACCUGGCGGGUGCUUCAGAUUGAUCCAUGAUUUUCUCAAUGGAAAAUCUAUGGAAUGACACCGAUGAAUGGUAUUACGAUGAAUUUGGAAAUUUCAGUGGCACACCACCCACAGAAAUAUAUGGUCCUUGUAGGAUAGACACUGAGUCACUCAACAAGUAUGCAGUGGUGGUCAUCUACGCCCUGGUCUUCGUGCUGAGCCUGCUGGGAAACUCCCUAGUGAUACUGGUUGUCCUAUACAGUCGGCUCAGCCGCUCAGUCACUGACGUCUACCUGCUGAACUUGGCCAUAGCCGACCUGCUCUUCGCCCUGACCUUGCCUAUCUGGGCUGCCUCCAAGGCGAAAGGCUGGAUCUUUGGCACACCCCUGUGCAAGGUGGUCUCGCUCCUGAAGGAAGUCAACUUCUACAGUGGUAUCCUACUGCUGGCCUGCAUCAGCAUGGACCGCUACCUGGCCAUCGUCCAUGCCACACGCACACUGACCCAGAAGCGGCACUGGGUCAAGUUCAUAUGCUUAGGCAUCUGGGCGCUGUCCCUGAUCCUGUCCCUGCCCAUCUUCAUCUUCCGCAGGGCCAUCAAUCCCCCCUACUCCAGCCCGGUCUGCUAUGAGGACAUAGGCGCCAAUACCACGAGAUUGCGGGUAGUGAUGCGGGCCCUGCCCCAAACCUUCGGCUUCCUCGUGCCCUUGGCGGUCAUGCUGUUCUGCUAUGGACUCACCCUGCGUACGCUGUUCCAGGCCCACAUGGGGCAGAAGCACCGGGCCAUGCGGGUCAUCUUCGCCGUCGUGCUCGUCUUCCUGCUCUGCUGGCUGCCCUACAACCUGGUCCUGGUCGCAGACACCCUCAUGAGGCUCCGGGUGAUCGAGGAGACGUGCGAGCGCCGCAACGACAUCGGCCGGGCCCUGGACGCCACCGAGAUUCUGGGCUUCCUCCACAGCUGCCUCAAUCCCUUCAUCUACGCCUUCAUCGGCCAGAAGUUUCGCCACGGACUCCUCAAGAUCAUGGCCUUCCACGGGCUCAUCAGCAAGGAGUAUUUGUCCAAGGACGGCAGGCCUUCCUUUGUUGGCUCUUCUUCAGCAAACACUUCUACCACCUUCUGAGCCCCUGGGCCCUGCUGGAGCGCCUCGGGGCACCUCCCGCACCGUCGGCAUCCAUCCUGAGCCUCAUGUCCACUGGUUGUUUCCAGUCUCUGUGUCAAAGCAGCUCCCGGCUGUGGUUACAGGAAGCUACUGGGGCCACGUCCUUUUCAAGCCCAUUGGACGGUUUAGAAAGCUUGCCCUCGUUCCCCACGCCUCCCUAUACUUCCUAUGCCAACUGCUAGAGCUCAGUCCACCCUAGCACUGAGCUCAAGCACUCUGGUGUCUGGGGCAGUUAAAGACAUUCGAAAGGCAUCCUUUCAGGUGACGACAGAAAGUUCCUACCACGAGGAGCCAUUAGUGGCAAACAGCAGUUGUUGCUUUCCUGACUCUCCCUUUCUUGCUUGCUGGCAAAGCCCACCUCCCUUGAGGGAGGCCGAGAAGGACAGACACUCACUUUCCCAGACUCCCUUAGCUAGGAGAGGCCCUGUCAUCCACUUCUGACUAGUAAGGUUUCAGGGCAAUAGUGUGCUGGUGAAAAGAAGUCAGGGUUUGUAGCAUUUACCAAGUUGCCUGCAUCAGCAUGUUCCCACCAGGGCGAUGUCAAAGGUUUUCAUGUGUUUAGCAACUAGCUCACAAAAAUUUAGGAAAUGAAUGGGCUGCUUUCACAAGCAGGUACAAACUGGCUUCAGGACACCAUUGCUUAAGAGGAAGUCUGCUGGGUCCAGGGACUCCUGGGAAGUAUUCCUGAUUUAAAAAGAGAGAGAGAGGCACACACACCCACAUGUCCUUGGUUCUUGCCUUUGAAUAUGGUUGUGGGAUAUGAUGUGACAAAGAGGCAAAAAUUGUGCUCAACACACUUGGGCAGAUGGAGUGGAUGAGAACAAAGAGCCCAGAAGGAGACCCAAGCAGAAAUGGUCAAUGAUUUUCAACAAGGGUUACCAAGAAUAUUCAGUGGGAGAAAGGAUAGUUAUUCAACACAUGGUGCUGGGCAAACCAGUUAUCCACAUGCACAGGAAUGAACCUAGUCCCUUUCCUCAUACCAUAUACAAAAGUUAAUUCAAUAUGAGUCAAAUACCUAAUGAUAAAAGCUGAAUCUAUAAAACUCUUGGGAGAAAACAUAAGGAAAAGCUUCCUUUGGUUUGAGGUUGGAGAUGGAGAGAAGUUCAGAGAUGAGCUUUAGAUCAAGGUUGAGAGUAGAUCCAGGGAUGAGGUUAGAGUUGGAUGUGAUGUGGCCGGGAGCCGGAGAUGUGGUGGCAGCUUGGGACAGGUCAGAAAAGGAUGGGUAUCGGGAAUAGAGGGAGAUCCAGAAUAGGGAGAAGCUGGGGCUGGGGUUAGUGAGAUUCAGGGAGGCGCAAUGGGGUUGGGACCAAGUAUGGAUGAGAUGUAGGAACGGCAUGAGUGUGUGAGUGUGGUGGGUCUCUGGGAGAGAUGUCAGAACUGGAGUGAAUGUUAGGGGCUACUGUUGUAGUCCAGUUAGUGGCUGGAGCAAAAAGACAUCACUGGUAGAGUCACCAUUUUCUGGGGAACAUUGUCUAAGGUGCUUUUCUGGGCACCAGGAUGGUGGUACCUUGGCUGUCCAGCCAAGGGUCUCCAAGUGGUUUGAUGAGAAAGGAGUUAGGGCUCAAGCCCUAAGAGGUAGAUCUGAUUCAGGAAAGAAGCUGGAAGAAUGCAGAAGUCCAGGGAGGAAGGCUGGCAAAUGGGUCUUGGAAUCUUCCUUUCUUUUCCUCCUUCCCCUAAUUUCCUUCCACCUCUCAACUGCGAGCUUAAAUGCCCAUCGUCCUCCACCUUCUGCUGUCCCAAAGAUGACUCUGUCAGGGGCUUCAGUAAGUGAAUAUGGAUCCAUAUUGGGUCUGGGGAAGCACAAAUGACUCAAAUACAUCUGAAAAGAUGCUUGGCCUCACUAGUAACCUGGGAAAUGAGAAUCGAACACCAAUAAAACAAUUUGGAAUUGUUUUAAACAGGGAGGGAUAUAUAGUUGAUUCUCAAACAAAUUGUGUGGGUCCACUGAUAAUGUGGAUUUUUAAAAUAAAUACAGCAGUAUAAACCUAGUUUCAUCCUGAUUUUUAAAAACUUUAAAGGCAAUCUACUCCUCCAACAUGGGGCUUGCACUCCCGACCCCAAGACCCAUGGCAUGGCCCACUGACUGAGUGAGUCAAGUGCCCCUUCAUGAUUUUCUCCAGGUCACUCUAUUGUAAGAAUAUAGUAUAUAGAACAUACAAAAUAUGUGUUCAUCUAUGUAUGUUAUUGGUAAGGAUUCUGGUCAACAGGAAGCUGUUAACACUUAAGUUUUUGGGGAGUCAAGAGUAUACAUACAGAUUUUCGAUGGUGUGGUGGGGUCCAUGUCCCUAACUUUCUGUUGUUUAAGGGUCAACUGUAGUCAGAACUCUCUUUGAACAAAGGCAACAUUGUUCCAUUAGAGUUUCAGUGCAAUGUGUAAUUCUCCAGUAGAGCUCAAUACAUAAAUGAUUGGGUUUCAGAUCUGUAACAAUGUCGGGAUGUGGGUGCUGAAAUAACAGGGAGUCCUGAAAUAUCAAAAGCAAGUGUUUCAACUACUAGAUAGGGCAAGGUCAAGGAGAUGGUUCAUCUCAGAGAGGGGAUCGGUGUCCAGGGUGAGGUUGGGAUCAGGGAUGGGAUGCAUCUUGGCAGGGAACUGGGGUGUCAGAGAUGGUAGUGAGCCAGGGAUAGGACUAGGUUAAGGAUGUGGGGAACCUCAAUGAUAGAGUCGGGGACAAGGAUUGGGAUGUGAAUGUAUGUUCUGUUUGGUGCUUGCUGUUCGUAAGUUUUGAAAAUUUGAUUUGGGGGCACCUGGCUAGCUUGCUGGAAAGAGUAUGUGACUCUUGAUCUCAGGGUGGUGAGUUUGAGCCCCACCUUGGGUGUAGAGAAUACUAAAAAUGAAUGAAUGAGUGAACGAGCUUAAAAAAAUAAAUUAUAUAAUGUUUUUUAAAAAAAAAUUUUUGUAGGCUAGGUUAACAUUUUCUAGACUCCAUGUAAUUAUGUUGAAAUAUACUAUUUUCUCCUACACUAGUUAUCCGUCUGACAAACCGUGGCCCCUCACCAUCCUUUGCCCAGUCCAGUGGCCUGUUUUUACUGGUUCCAGCAAAAAAGAUUAACUGAGAGUCCAGGUUUUAUUCCAUAGGGGUUUCCCUGCAACUUGAAUUUGAACUAGGGAAUUUCAGAGGAAAUGAAAUAACUACCUCCUCUUUGGUCUAAGGGUCUUUCCUGAGAUGUGUCUUCUCUGAGAUGACCACUAACUGAAAAAUCAUGAUGGAUGACAGACUUUGCUGUUUCCAUGCGGAAGAUGGAGUGGCCAAAGAUCUCUGGGUUUGGUCCUUCUAGAAAGCCACACGUGGCUAAUGGUUAUGUUCUCACCACAGUUGCUUUUAUGUAUCCUGGGACUCUGUUUUUAAACUCAAGAUCCUUUUUCCAGCCUUGAGAGUAAACAUGAACUUAAGAAUUAAAAAUGUAUGAAAGAAACAGAAUUUUUUCAGACUUUCUUAAAUUAGUUUUUUAAUCAAAAUAUUUCAUGUACAUUGUUUAAAAAAGUGAAAUAGUUUUAUUAAGCUUAUAGUGAACAUCAGCAGCAACCCUCUUGCCACACUCCCUGCAGAGAAGGAAACAACUUUCAACUCUGAUAGUUGUUUCAUUUAAUAGUGGUGUACAUAUUUCUAAAUAUGCUUAUUCAGCUGGCUUUUGAUUUUUUUCUUCCAGUUUUAGAUAUCAUUUAUUGACUUUCUCCUUUAGCUUCUGAGGAUUUAACACUUUUUCAAACUCUCUCGGGCAAUUACUCCUGUUCAAGCAAAUACUGCCCCUCCCAUUCUCCCAGGACAGAUAACUAUGUUUUUUGGUUAAAUCAACAUUCAAUGUUUUUGUUAUAAUGACUAUAUAAGAAAUAAUUCACAGUUGGAUACAAUGUUUGCAUUUCCUUUCGUAUAAGUUCUGUCUUCCCUGGAAUUAACAAUAGGAUUUUUUUUUAAAGAUUUUAUUUAUUUAUUUGACAGAGAGAGAUCACAAGUAGAUGGAGAGAGAGGCAGGCAGAGAGAGAGAGAGGGAAGCAGGCUCCCUGCUGAGCAGAGAGCCCUUGACAUGGGACUCGAUCCCAGGACCCUGAGAUCGUGACCUGAGCCGAAGGCAGCGGCUUAACCCACUGAGCCACCCAGGCGCCCAACAAUAGGAUUUUCAUCAUUACUUUUUAUUACAUCAUUUACAUCAUUCUCAAAUGUCUCCCUGAAUACCUUCACAUUCAUCAGAUAGUCUAUAUGUAUUUUUUUUCUUUCUUGGACACCUCUCUCUAGAGCCUUCAUAGUCCUGUUUUCAACCCAGACAGGUUACUCUUCAGACCUAUGCUUUUUUUUUUUUUCUAAAUUGCUUUAACUACAUUACCAGAUUAAUUUUAGAAUCAGAUAGCCAAUUUCUAUAUUAUCCUACUUGGAUUUUAAUUUGGUUUAUGUUGAAUCUGCAGAUCAAUUUGGAGAAAGCUGAUAUCUGAACAAUAUCGAGUUUUCCAAUCCAUAGCAUGGUAUCUUUAUCCACUUUUUCUCAUCUCUAAUUUAUCUAGGCAAUGUUUUGUAGUUUUCAGUACACAGAUCUUGUACAUGUUCUUAAAUUUAUCCCUAAGUAUUUUGUAGUUAUUUGGAUGUUAUUAUAAAUAGUAUUUAAAGUUUUUUUUCAGGUUUGGUUGUGUUUUUUGUUGUUGUUUGUUUGUUUGUUUUGUUUUUUUUUGCCAGUGUAUAGAAGUAUAAUUGAGUUCUAUGUAUUGAUCUUGUAUUCCAGGAGCUCAGGAAAUUCUCUUAUUAGUUCUAGUGGUUUUAUUUCUAAAGAUCCUUUUGGGUUUUAUACGUAGAUAAUCAUGUCAUCUGGGAAUAAAGACAGUUGUGUUUUUUACUUUUUAAA